AUGCGUGCGGGGUGUUCGCUACAAAAAUAACAAUAUGUCGGAGAAAGCUGUAUAACGUUGUGUAGCUUGAGUUGAUUUCUUCAGAAAUAUUUCUCUGUUCUGUUUUUUUUCUCAAGAUGAUAAAGCAGUAAAAUGAGCACAGAUAUAGAUAAUCACAUCCUGCAAAAGUACGAGGUGAAGAAACGACUCGGAAAAGGCGCCUAUGGCAUUGUAUGGAAAGCAAUUGACCGAAAAACUGGAGAUGUAGUAGCUGUAAAGAAAAUUUUUGAUGCAUUUAGAAACCAAACAGAUGCCCAGAGAACCUUCAGAGAAAUAUGCUUUCUACAGGAGUUUGGAAAUUAUGAUAAUGUAAUCAAACUUUUGAAUGUUGUCAAAGCUGACAAUGAUAAAGAUAUAUAUCUUGUGUUUGAAUUUAUGGAUACUGAUCUUCAUAAUGUGAUCAAAAAAGGAAGUAUUUUAAAAGAUGUUCACAAAAGAUAUGUUAUGUACCAGUUAUUUAAAGCAAUCAAAUAUAUUCAUUCUGGCAAUGUGAUUCAUAGAGAUUUAAAGCCUAGUAAUGUUCUGCUGGACAGAGAAUGUUUUAUAAAGAUUUGCGAUUUUGGACUUGCUCGUUCUGUACAACGUUUAACAUUGGAGCAUGGUGAUCCAACUUUAACAGAUUAUGUAGCUACAAGAUGGUAUAGAGCUCCAGAAAUCUUAUUAGCCUCGCCAAAAUAUACAAAAGGUGUUGACAUGUGGUCUAUGGGGUGUAUCCUUGGAGAAAUGUUGUUAGGAAAACCCUUAUUUCCUGGAACGUCAACCUUAAAUCAAAUCGAAAGAAUUAUGUCAGUAAUCCCUACUCCUUCAAGAAGUGAUAUUGACAGCAUCAAGUCUUCAUACAGCACCUCUCUUCUCGACAAAACCACAAUGCGUUCACGACGUAGUCUAAAAGAUCUACUUCCUGAUGCUCCGUCCGAUGGGUUAGACCUAAUGAUGAAUCUCUUACAGUUUAAUCCGGAUAAAAGGUUUAGUGCAGAAGAAGCACUCACUCAUCCUUACUUAGCAAAAUUUCAUAACCCCUCUGAAGAAUUAAGUUUGACGUACGACGUUGUUCCACCUGUAGACGACGACGUGCAGUUAUCUGUGGCAGAAUACCGAACGAAAUUAUAUGACAGUAUUCUUCAAAAAAAAUUGGACAUUAGAAGGCAGCGUCGCACUUUACAAGAACUGGAAGCGACUCCAGCAGGAAAGCAAGACGAGAAACCUCCAGUGGAAACUGUUGCAAAACAGGCAACUUCGUCGCCGAGCAGACAGACUCGUCCAACAAAAUCAGCACCAAUUAAUCAUGCACGAAGGAGAGAUGUCGCACACAACUCGCCAAAUCAUACGAUAUCAGCAGCAGAUGCGGCAAAGAAAAGUCCACAGGUGAAUAAAGCAAGACCUAUCUCAGCACAAUAUGACAGAAAAGCUAAUCACGAUAUUUUAACUAGAAAUAAUCCCAAUGAUAAGUUGCACGUGACCAGUAACCAGAUGGUUCCACAACAAAGACCUUCUGCAUCAAACAAACCUGCCAGCGCUAGCCGUCCGGGAAGAAGACCUGCAAAUAACAGCGCAUCUGGAUUGACGAUGGCCAGUUACACGCAAAGUCAUGCCACAGUUUCAAAGAGCACUCUUAAUGCUGUACAAGGAUUAUCUCUGAAAUAAGUUGACGACGUUUCCGCAAACUUAACAAUCCGAUGUAAGAGAUUACCUAUGCUAUGCUGUUAUGUCAAUAUCUUAAUUGACCCGAAUUCUAUAUUAGAUAUAGGUCUAAACUACGUUAUUAUGUACUUAUAAUUUAUAGACCGUAAAAACUUUGGGAUUGGGUAAUAUGAAAAACAAAUGGGUUGUUCCCUUUCGAAAUGUAUAGAUAACAUUCAUUUAAUGAAUUUGUUCGUGUUCUUAUGCAGAAAUCUCAUUUGUGGUUUUACCGUGGGUAGCUCCUCCUAUUUUUAUCUUUCUUUCUUGCCAGACGAAUUAAUUUUUUAACAUUUAUUACAAAUGAUUGAAGCGUUGCGAUGCAUUUAUCUUAAUAUAUAUUUUGCGGUUUUUUUUAUUCAGGGAAAGUGCGCGCACAUUUUAUUGUGGGAACUAUUAAUGAUUUCUUUAACUGCCAGUGUUAUGUUACUGUAAACUUAAAGGUAAUAAAAGAUGCGCACAAAUGCGCGCGAAUAACAAAAAUGGCGCGAAUCUAUGAAUUUUUAGCGAAAUUUAUUGUUAUGAUUUUUAAGUUAUUCUUUUUUGUAUGUUUAUGUGAAUAAUAAAAUAAAUAAUAUAUUGUGCGUUCAAUUUUAAAUUAAUUUCAGAUUUACAAAUUAUUCGAGUGACGACUCGCAAACCAAAAGUGUGCGCUAAAUGACAGACCGAAAUAAAUAUUUUAUCUCAUUUAACCAUUAUUACUCCAACAUCCAAUUCCUUAAUGUCUAAAUCAAACAACAAGUAUUUAAUGAAAAUUGAUAUCAGUGAGGCUGAAAUGAAACCCAUUCCUGCUUAACGGCCGUUUGACGUUUAGCGUAUACAUUUCGAGACGUAAGUUCUCCCUUCAGAAGUCAAAAAACAUUAAUGUAUACAAUCACCUUUUCAACGAAUUUCAGAAAAUUUAAUUCCGAUUUCAUCAUUCCGUUCUUUCAGACCAUGCAGCUAAAGACGUAAAACAAGCCUGUAAUCUCAAUUUGUUAUUUGUAAUGGUUUUUAGACAUAAAUUAAUUGUUUUUGUAAAUAUGUUUAAAUUGCAAUGUGCUUUUUACGAAGACGAACAACCGUUAUUUAUCAAUA